AUGCCUUCCAGUCCCCCCGUCAUUGCGGACUUCUCUGUCCUCCCGGUGUCGAUUCCCCCGUUACCGUCUUUCCCCAAAAGUGUCGUCCACUACCUCUACGUGCGGCGCAACACACCAAAAAUUCCCACGCCGACCGACGCCCGAAGCUUGUUCCUUACCAACGUACCCGUCGACAGCAGUGAUGCCCACCUCCGUGCCCUCUUCGCCUCGCUGGUAGGGGCGGGCCGCUUUCAAAGCGUCAGUUUUGAGGAUGAGCGGAAAGAAGCACAAUCACAGUCCCCACUUGACGCUGCCCAGCCCGUCUCCGCUGUCCGCCUUCUACAAGCGCACGGCAGUGCCAGCAAGAAACGCAAGCGCGAAGAUGAAGAAGCGGAGCGGGCAAGGGAGGAAGCCGCGGCGCGUCUCCCUAGCACCUGGACUCGGCCUUUACGGCGGAGCGGGUGCACGGCCGUGGUGCUGCUGGCCGACGAAAAGAGUGUAGACCAAGUGCUCAAGGCAAUCGCAAAGCUGCACCGGACCAAAAUGUACCCUACCUGGGGUGAGAACUUGCCGGAGGGCAAAGUUCCCCCUCUCGGCUCGAUCUGGCUAAAGGCCCACAACCGGCUGUCGUACCCGGAUAGGGACGCGCUCCAAGCGUCGGUAGACGCCUUCUCGGAGCUGUUUGCCCGCCGCGAGCAGGAGGCGGCUGAGAUUGCCAAGCGGCUACGGAACGAGCCUGACGAGGACGGGUUCGUCACGGUCACGCGAGGAGGCCGGAAUGCGCCGGCUAGCCGGAACGAAGCCGAGGAGGCCAAGCGCAAGAUGGUGGAGAAGCAAGAGAAGAAGAAGGAAGAGCUGAUCAACUUCUAUCGGUUCCAACUGAGGGAACGCAAGAAGGCCGAGCAGGCCGAGCUGCUCAAGCGGUUCGACGAAGACCGCAAGAAGCUGUCAGCUAUGCGAGAGAAGAGGGGCAAAUUCGUGCCCGAGGCAUAA